AUGUACAGGCUUCAAUUAAAAGCCUCUCGCGAUGUUCGACAAGGCGUGUUUUCCCGCGAAGAAAGUGGGGAUGGAGAGGAUGGCGCCGUAGAGCAACACUUGCCCCAGUUUGAGGUCAACCCAGUACCAGAGAAGAAGCCCUUCAAACGCGCCGAGGGACAGAAUGUAGGGGAGCGAGAGGAGACACGUCUGGCGUACGUUCAGCAGAACGACCCAUGGGGAGAGUACAAGCACAGUGAAGAUUGCGGAGAUGGGCCUCGGAGGAGGUUUUUGGUCUGGGCGGAAGUUCAGUCAGGUUCUUGGAGCAUCUACAAGCUCAAAUUUAGCUUUCCCUCCAGAGGUGACCCGUAUAGGUUGGAUGCCCCCUUUGCCAGAUUUUUCAUCAUAGAAGCGAAGAAAGGUUUGGUGCGGCUGGUUGCCUUUUUCGCUAUCCUUCUCGACAACUUGGAAGCCAAUUCGACGGGAUUUUGCCCCAGUGUGGUCAGAAAGACCUCUGGAAGUAUCAGCGCAUUCAGGAGAAUCACUGUUGCAUCAGUUCUUUUGCUUGUUAUUUUAAAACUCUCUGUUCUUCGUCUCCUUGAAGCUUACAUCCUCUGGCUCUUGCUGAACAUCCCCUCAACCGUACCUGGAAUGUCUUCUACCAGCUUUGAUUCUCCACGUAUACCUCCAACUUCCGCUCGCUUUGAAAUGCGCAGAUCAUCAUUAACAGGUCCCGCAACUUAUGAGCACGCCGCCGCACUCCUUCUCCAGGCCCAUCAAGACGACCUUACGAUAGCUAUGUACCCCCUCGCUCUGCCGACUAUCCAAACGUCUACCGGCCCAACAACUAUAGGCCUGACUACUCUGCGAGCAGUUACUACAGUCGUUCUCCGAGCCCAGAUCGAUAUCCUUCUCACCGUUCUGCAGAGCCUGAAGUUUGGGACCGUCCAACGUCCUGGCUUGAGAGAAAGGCUCCAGCCGCGCCAUCUUCCCCGGCCGCUUCUACAAGGAAUCGGCCGCGUAUUGACACAUUCGAUGUUGCAGCGUCUUAAAUUCGCAUUUCAACCAGCGCUUUCUCGUCAAAUGACCGAUACGCUGACCGCAUCUCCCCUGAUGGACCAUCUCGUCGCUCUCCAGUCCAUAUUUCUGGCGGUGAUCGUUACCGGCCCGGGCCGCCUAAACGAGACUUACAUUCAUCUUCGCACUCUGAUUAUGAUUCUUAUCGACCUAGUAGACGAGGUCGGACUCCUGAUCGGACUCCUAGCCCUGCCGACGACCGCAGACGACGAGAUUCUGCAUCUUCCAGUUACGCUCGGCCUUACGAUCAUUACGAACCUGCCUAUGGUGGAUUUACGCCGUCAGGAUAUCGAUCGCGCUCACCGAAUGCGAGUAGUAGAAGCGUUUCACCGCGAUCUAGAAGUGAUCGUGGACGCGAAGGAGCCGGAGACCGGGCCGAUUCCAGCUGUCAAACAUGGUGGGCAAGACAUUCCAACUAAUUUGCAUGUGUCCGCCGCUCCGCCUAAUGUUUCUGAGGCAAACACAUUCUUAAAUGGAGACAAUCAAUCCUCCCUAGAUUCGAACUUGAAACCUUUGACAAGUGCUCAAACAACUGCUUCUGCUACCCAAGAUAAUGUGCAAGCUGACUCCACUGUUAUUGCUUUGAACGGUGACCCAGGAGCGAAACACCCCGCAUCAUCAGCGUCGACUCUUCCUCCCGUUAAUUUGGUCAAUGGUGAUCACGAUCGAAGCACACCUCCUGGCUUCGUGCAAAGGCAGAUGUCUCGACCGGCUUUGAAGCACAAUAUACUCCCUAGCCCGACACCUUCCGCUACGCCAAUGUCUAUCAGUUCUUCGGCGACCCCGGCACCAACCCCAUUUGUUCAUGCGCCGCUCCUUUCAGCUGAAGAGAUCUUGAAACCCGAAACGAUAUCUUCUACAUCCAAAGCAGUGCAGUUAAAUGGAACAGCAUCUGCUGCGAUGUUACCCAGUUCUCCUUCAACGGCGCUUCUUUCCUCUACGCCUGCGAAUGCCCUAGGUGAUGCUUCAGAUGGCAAGCUGCUAUCCACGGCCGAUAAAUUGGAAGCAAUGCUUUCCUACCUAAGUAAAGGUAUUAUAUGCAGGGAUCAAUCGGCGCCACCAGAAAGGGCGGACGCUAUCAUGACAUUGGCUCACUCCCCAACCACGACGAAGAUUGAUCUCGCGGCUAAGUCGGACACAAACAGUUUGCCAACAGAGCUGCCCACGUUUGCUGAUGCCAAAUCAACAGCAGAGGCCCUCCGGGUUGUGGUCAUGACGAGGCUUCUUUGCGAUCGUCAAAGGCGAGAAGAUCGCGUCGACCCAAUUCUCUUGCAAAAUCAACUCAUCUCCCCCGAGUUUUGUGUGAGGGCUGAUGCUACUUCCCCUGAAGCUCUGGUGGAAGAAGUGUACAGCGGAGAAUGGCGUGAGAGAAGGCGACAGGCAUUCCUUGCAGCCAAACCUUCUUUAGAAGAGCAUUUGCGGAAGCGGCAUGAGCUCGUCGCGGACAAGAUUCAACAACUAAAGGAGGAUUAUACGUCGAUGCAUGAAAAGUGGAAAGCGCACUGCGUAGCUUUGAAUGAGCAAUCCAGAUCGAGUCUAGCGUCCGAGAUUGAGACGAUACAACAUUCUGGGCGGACGACGAGGAGGUCCACCGCUAUCACUGACGCUGUUCGUUCGGAUUUGGAGAUGGAACAGAUCAUCGCGAGUUUGGGGAACGACGACGCCACAGAUCCUAAUCAUCUAUCUGUUAGGAAUCUCGCAACGAUACCUGACAUGGUCUCUGUGACGCAUGGUCAAGUCGAUUAUGUGUUUGACGACACAAAUCACGCAGUGGAAAAUCCAAAAGAGUAUUACGGGCCUCACACGGGUAUCCACGAUUGGACAGAUGAGGAGAAAACCAUAUUCAUUGACAAGUUUGCUGCGUUUCCAAAGCAGUUUGGUAUCAUCGCGGAUUACCUGCCGAACAAGACCUCUGCACAAUGUGUCGAUUAUUAUUAUCUGCACAAAAAGCGACAGAUUGACUUCCGCAAGAUCGUGUCACAGUUUGCGCCCAAUAAGCGUAGACGAGGUGGCACAAGGAAGAAGAAAGGAAAUGGACUGUUGGCAGAUAUUGCACAACAUGAUGCAGAGGUCCAUCAACGUGACGCGGCCAUUCCUGCGCGAGCGACUCGUGGGAGGAAAGCGGCUCAGCCUGAGUCAAGGAAAUCUGUUAAUGCCAGAAAGGCAGCAGUUCAGUUUGAAGAUACGCCGACUUCUACGCCUACACCUGAACCCGAAGCAACUCGAGGGAGACGACGGAAAAGCGGGCCGAACCCCGCCCCUUCAACGCCUGCGACACCUACACCUUUCUCGGCCCAGUACGUUCAUUCCCUCAAUUUUUUCUUCCUCAACGGUAGCAAACCCAACUUUUGUGUUCCGCAGGAAGAGGAACCCCGACCGAUAAAGAAGGCAAAGCGACCUCGGAAAACUGUCAAGUCAGCAGCCAUCAUAAACGACGAACCGGAGGGCCCUUCUACUGAUCUGGCUUUCUCACAAGAAAUCUCGCCAGAAACUUUCUUGACUUUAUUGGCUCAAUAUGGUGACGACUUCAAGCGGAUAGCUGCGUCAAUGCCCAACAAGGUAUACCCAACACACUCUCGUCCGCUCACAUCAAUUCAAGUUCGCAAUUACUACAAAUUCAACGGGCCUGCGUUGAAUUUUGAAAAGGUUGCAGCUCAGGCUCCCAAACGAUCGCCUACACCGGAAUCACGUGACGGCUGGAAAGAACCUUUUACGAGUACAGCGAGGCCUGCUCUUGUUUCACCUGUCGUUGACACGGCGCCUCCGAUGGCCUCUCUUACACAGGAUAGUCCUGCGGUCACAACCGCGUUACCCUCCACAUCAACCUUAUCAUCCAAUUCUUCUCAGCCACAGGACGCAGCAAGACAUUCUGCUGAGGCAACGUCUAAGCCCUCUCUGACUUGGAUGAAUGGUAUUGGCUCGCGUCAUAUGACUCAUCCUAUGGCUCCUGCAAGACCAGUAGACACGCCUGGAAUGUCGCCAAAUCAUACACGACAUUACCCAACUGCGACCUACGACCCACCGCCUCUCAACGCUCGCCCAGGUAGCGUCGCUUAUCCGACGCCCAAUGUAUAUUCGUCGUAUACUCAACAUAGUCUUCCCUAUCACAAAUAUUACUCCAUGCCUCCUCGCCCUCCGAUUCCGACUUCUGCACCUAUGCAUCACAGUCUCCUUGAUGUUCGUGCUGCUGGAGCCGCCUCUCCAACGGCAAACAGAGCAGAAAACCCUUAUUCUGCCUAUUCAGUGCCCCCUGCGGCGACUACCUCGGAAGUGGCCGCUCUCCGUCGACCCUAUUAUUAUCCUCCUUGAUCUCUUUCUGGAGCUUUUUUAUUUUCAUUCCUGCACUUCAUAUCUCCGUGAUAGAGAACUCUGCACUUAUAUUUAUUACACCCUAAGUAAUGACAACCUCCACGUAAUAUGCGUUAUGUAUUAUUGUUAAAACAGACGUCUCUAUAGGCGUUUGUUCAUCA